CUUAAAAUAUCUAGAAAAUGAGUAUCUUAUAAACAGAUCUAUUUUCAAAAAAAAUUUUAAAAUGGGGGAGAAAUUUAUUUCCUUCAUCAAAAGUAUGUUUUCCGUUGGAGACCAACUUCGGUAUUCGUUGGAUUUCCUGCUCCUCCUCUACUGCUUACAACCUGCGACUGGUUUUGAUUUUGGAGCAUCAAGUUCUAAGGGCCUGUUUCCUUCAAUAUUUAACCUGGGAACUCAUGCUGAGGUCAGAGCCAACACUAGCUGUGGGUCAGGCAGACAGGAACAGUACUGUACACUAGGGGAUAGUAAGGAUGCAAGGUGUGGUAUUUGUGAUGAGAAGGAUCCAGAUCGAGCUCACCCUGCACACUUUAUACUAGAUGGAACUGAGAGAUGGUGGCAAUCCCCCUCUCUUGCAUUUGGGCCAGCAUAUCAUACGGUUACCCUUACUAUAAAUCUCAAGCAAAUAUAUCAGGUUGACUACCUUAUCCUAACUGCUGGACAAUCUCCACGGCCUGCAAACUGGGUACUAGAAAGAUCUCUGGAUGGAGUGAACUGGGAAGCGUGGCAGUACCAUGCAAUGUCUGACCAGGACUGCUGGCUCGACUAUGGUAUAGAGCCAAGGAAAGGAAAACCGGUUUAUAAGGCUGAUGAUGAAGUUAUCUGUACCAGUUACUAUUCAAGUCUCAAACCUAUUGAAAAUGGCGAAAUUUCUAUUUCUCUUGUCAAUGGAAGACCAGGUGCUAAGGGUCCAUCAAAAACCUUGCUGGAUUUCACUAAAGCACGAUAUAUUCGGCUGAGAUUCCAGAAACUUCACAUUCUCGCGAUUGAUAAAACUAUUCUAGGAGACAUUGCACAUCCAGAGUAUGCUGAUAUUGCCAGACGAUAUUUCUACUCAAUCAAGGAUGUAUCUAUAGGUGGACAGUGUCCCUGUCAUGGGCAUGCAUCAGAGUGCCCGGUCCUGCAGGAUACCGGAGAUUACGAGUGCAGAUGCCGCCACAACACUUGUGGCGCACUCUGUGACUCCUGCUGUCCGAUGUUUAAUCAAAGACGAUGGAGACCUGGAAAAUAUAUUUCAGGUAAUGAAUGUGAAAGAUGCCAAUGUUUCGGACACGCUGACGAAUGUUAUUUUGAUCCUUUGGUUGAAGCUGAAAGAGGAAGUCUAAACACAGCAGGAAAGAAAUCUGGUGGAGGAAUUUGUUUGGAUUGUAGAGAUAAAACUACAGGGGUAAACUGUGAACGGUGUGUGGAUGGUUACUACCGACCUAACGGAGUUUCAAGAUUUGAUCCUAAACCUUGUGUUCCUUGCUCCUGUUCAACUCCAGGAUCACAGGGAGUAUCAAAAUGCUAUGCAGACAGUGAAUUGUCCCAUCAGGUACUAGAGUGUACCCCCUGCCCCUGCAGUUUAGCUGGAACGCAUGGAGAACAGUGCACUGGCAACUGUAAAUGCAAAAAGCAUGCCACAGGCCGGCGAUGUGACCGUUGUAAACCUGGCUUCUUUGCUCUACAGAGCGCUAACCCUGAAGGGUGUACAGAAUGUUUCUGCUACGGUGUUACUUCGUCCUGUGAUUCAGCUGAUUAUGGAGUAGAGAUUAUUGAUCAUCAGUCAGGAUGGAUGGUUACAGAUUUAAGUGGAAGUUUACAAAUUCCUCCGUAUUGGAGUAGUGUCACUAGUGGUUUAACUAUAGCUCAGGAAGAUAUUGGAUUAGAUGCAUACUAUUGGCAG